AUAUACUAUUACUUUUUUCAGUGCGGAUGUUGUAUUGCGUUACGUUCAGAGUUCGCAAUCCAAAAUUGGUGUUUAUUAUCAAGGUGAACCAAUAAACAACAAUGAUACAGAACCUCUACCCCGUGAUUGUCAGGAAGCAUAUGAUAAAGAGUACAGAGAAGAUGGUGUUUACCAAAUCCAACUCGAUGAAUUCCCUAAAAUGAUGGUUGUUUGUGACAUGACCUCAUACGGCGGCGGAUGGACUGUUGUACAAAAACGCUUUGAUGGAUCUCAGGAUUUCUUCCGGGAAUGGAGAGAAUAUAAAUUUGGUUUUGGCGACCUUGGCAGAGAAUUCUGGCUAGGACUGGAAUACAUCCAUGCUCUGACAAAACCGGAAGGGCAGCUUCUUGUAGAGCUAGUAACCGUAGGAGGGACCAAAGCAACAGGUAAUUACCAAACUUUUGGAAUUGGACCUGAAACCGGUGGUUAUGAGCUGACUAACUUAGACGGUUAUACUGGAAAUAUUGGGGACUCUUUAUCUUAUCAUAAGGGCCACAAGUUCUCUACCAAGGAUUCCGAUCUAGACAGUAGUUUUGAAAAUUGCGCUGAAAAAUACUAUGGAGCUUGGUGGUAUAAUGGAUGUCUCCAAAGUAAUCCAAAUGGAAAGUUCAUCAAUUUAGUAAGUCCUCCCUAUCAUAAAGAAGCCGGUUUGUACUGGAAGACCUUCGGAGACGGAGUAAUGGCCGCAUCAAGAUUAAUGGUGAAAAAGAAAACUUACAGAAGCAAUUAAAAUUCAAUUCUACAUUAUAGUUGCAUUAACAUCCGCCUUGUUUAUGAUGUAUCAAGUGUAUUCUGUUGCAUUUAUAUAUUGUAUAACCCUAUGUAUAUACAUUUGAAUAAAUAAUUCAAAUUUUGAA